AUGUCCGCACUCGACCCCACAGCACCCUCGCAGCCUGGCCAACAGACGGGUCUGAAUCAAUUGCAGAACCCGGCAUCCAAGACUGACAAGGAAGAGACCACCGCCCGGGACACAUCCAAUACUUCCUCUACAACCAUGGACCACCGAAGCCCGCACGAUAUCCCCUCACAGCAUGGCGAGACCGCGAGACCAUCAGCCCUUGGCGCAGGCGACACGGGCCCGCUGGAAGAGAAGCGGAUACCCGAAUCCGAUGCUCAGAACUACUCCAAGGGCGACAGCAACUUGGAGGGCGAGCAGAUGCGCAUGGCAGGCGAGGGUGAAGUGGCGCGAGCGGUACGUUCAGGCGGGGGCGGCGGCCACGCGGAAGAAGGGAGUUUGACGGGAGAUAUCAACCGGCAGGAGAAGGAACAUGCCCAGGCGCUGCACGAGCGUGGAGAGCCGACGGGCAAGGAGUUGGAUGAGGAAGAACACGAAGACUGGACAGGCAAGAAGGCUGAUAUCGCGGAGGCGCUAGGCCAGGAAGACCACCAGCGCCCUCCUGUCGUUCUCGCUGCUGAGGAGUAA